AUGGAUGAAGCACAUUCAUUAAGUACUCCGAUGGUUGUCCGAUCACUUGAUGUGAAUAAGGAUCUGUUCCGACCUCAAGAAAAGAAUGAAGACAUUCUUGGUCCUAAAGUACCAUAUCUUAGUGUGAUUGGUGCAUUAAUGCAUCUUGCUAAUACUACAAUGCCUGACAUUGCAUUUUCAGUUAAUCUGUUAGCAAGAUAUAGCUCUGCUCCAAUCAGGAGACACUCGAAUGGAAUCAAACAGAUAUUGCGGUAUCUAAAAGGGACUACUGAUAUGAGAUUGUUUUAUUCCAACAAUUGCAGCCUCGAUCUUGUUGGUCAUGUCGAUAUAGGGUAUUUAUCUGACCCACACAAAGCUCGAUCUCAAACAGGCUAUCUGUUUUCAUGUGGGGGUACUGCCAUAGCUUGGUGA